AUGGAGCUGCCCCGGCUGUCGGCGGAGGAAUUGGCCAACCCAUGCACUCGGAUAUCACUCGACGGAGUAGAAGUACAGCUUUGGCAAGUCGCACACCUCUAUGGCGUCCACCAUGACAUGCCCGGCCCUGCGCUCCGGCACGGCGCUUCAGCUGAGGACUUCCGGGCGUUGUACGCAAAUUAUUGGGGCAGAAAAUCACAGCCGACUUCCCAAGGAGUAGACUAUGGUGGUCUUGGGACAAGUGGGUACAUGACCACUGCUCCGCUGAUGCUGGCAUCGUCGGCUCAGCCCCCCACUAUCCCGACGAGAGCAGAGGAACGGCACCCCACGUUGCGGAGCAGUAGUGCCGGGUCGAGCUCCGAUACCCAGGACCUUCUCCGGAUGAUUGAUGACGCCGGCCGCAACUGGUAUCGAGGCACGAACGCUAGCGACGAUGGUGAGGAUGACGAAGACGACGACGAUGAUUCGGAGGGUGCAUCUACGAUCCGCCCGACUACAGACAUCCGACCCCGAUUGGACAUCGAGGGAAUCGUUUGGUCCGACCCGAACUUCUCGCCUCCGAUGCAUCUCCCGCCGAGCGGACCUUUGCCUGAGCUUCCGUUGCGGCUCACAAGGAACAGACUCAAGGUGUACCAGCCAAGGAGGCGAUCGCGAAUGAUCAUGCCACUAGGGUUGGGGCUUACGCCGACCCGUUUGAAGCGUUCUAGCCGUAUCCAGCGCCGAGAACGGGAGGGGAGUGUAGGAGGAAGCCCACAACACAAACAGAGCCCGGGACGCACAGAGAGUCCAAAGGGCAAGCAAAGCACACAGCAGGCAGAGGACCUGGAAAUUUUCCAGCGGCAUGAGUCUGACCGGGAUGACUACAAGAUGGACUCGGAGAACUUCAUCAAACUCAGGAGUUCCCAACAGCAGCGAGAGCAGCUCGUCCCGAAGCCACUGAACGUUCCCGGCUCGAAAGGUCUUGUUGGGCUACGUGCGAGGAGUGUGACGGAACCUCUUGGUAUUAUGCCCAAGCAAGAGGAAUAUAUUCCUCCUGUCCCCCGCGUGCCGCAGCGGUAUAUGUUCGUCGCUCCAGUGCCGUUGAGUCUGGGGCCUGUCACUCACGAGCGGGCUGAGAAUGAACAGCCGCCAGCCCGGGUUCCUCGGAUCGAAGAAAUGGACAAAGGACCUGUGCAGGAUGAACAACACCAGAGUGAGAAGGCACAGCUUAAACAGGUACAGGUUAGCCGGGUGCAGGUUGAACGACCCAACUUUGGCCGGCCGCAGACUUACCAGGCAAAGCUCGACCAGCUCAAGCUCGACCAGGCAAAGCUCGAUGAGCGAAAAAAUGACCAGCCGAAGGUUGACCAGCCGAAGGUUGACCACCCGAAGGUUGACCACCCGAAGGUUGACCACCCGAAGGUUGACCAGCCCGAGCUGGAUCACCAGCAACCUGAACCCAAGCACGAACGGUUCCGCCGUGACUUUUCAGCCCCUGUCAAUCCCAAAGCUAAAACCGCAGGAAAGUCAAUUCUCCGAUAUGGCGGAGGAAAAAGCUACCAUGAGCUGCUGAAAGAGAUCAUGCCUCCCGCUGAAGCACCGCCAAAGCUCACUAAGCCACCUCUUCCUAGCCCGCUCCCGGACUUCUUGUUGAACCCGCCUGAGUUCUUGAAACAUCCGCCGGAACUCUCGCAGCAGACCCCGCAUACUUCGUAUCUCGACGACGAGCCCGACUUGGGCGAAAGACACAGUCCGAAGCUGAUCAAAUCCGAGACCUCGUCCAAACUCACCAACAAGCCCUCAUCGUCGGUUAAAACCCUGUUCAAAGCCCGCAGCUUCCAAAGGCUCCGCCGACGAUCGAACAGCCAGUGCAAAGACCAACAGGCUGCCCUUAAGGAAGCGCUGAGCAGCCAGCCUCCUGCCGCCCAAACGGCAACGCCCGAUCAAGAUGAGGAGGCUAAUGACGAUGAGGUAGUCCUGACAUCACGCUGGAGUUCUGAUAGCAGCGACGAACGACCACCGCCGACCGAGUCACGGCUGAAGAAGUUGAAGCGGGUGUUUAGCAUUCCGAAACUGCGGCAACGCAAGUCCAGCUUCUUUUCGAGGGAGAAGCCGGAUUUGGAGGCUCGUGGUAGUAUGGGAAGUGGGGGGAGCGGAAAGGACUCGCCGGAAGUGAAGAGGUCAUCGGCGUCGGGCUCGUCGGGCUCGAAGAAGUCUGGUAAUUAG